AUGCUAGGACGAGAGCCCCAGUGGGAGUCCACAGCGACACCCCACCUGGCCCCGGAUGCCAUGUACGCAGCCAAGUGGGUGUCAGACGAUCCAGGCCACCGACCGAGCACAAGCGUGCGAGUGACAUACCUCGAACCGCCCCCAGCGAUCCAGGAGCAUCAGCCUCUGCCUCUCCCCGGCAUCACAUGUUUGGCAAUCCGCUAUUUCGAACCGUGCAAGCAUCGCUCCCCGACCCUUUCCAAUCCAGAUCUCGGUAUCUCUCCGCUGGUCUGCGCGGUUGCUCAGUCCUCACAGCUUGCAGAUAACUUGCCCUCGAGCCAAAGCACAGAUAGGCUCGAUAGGAGAAACUGA